GCACUUUUGAGGGUAUAUAAGGCCCGGCAGGGGCUCAGUUCGGUACGUUGGACGGUGCCAAGCAUCCCACAACGCCAAGAUGUGGAAGUCUCUGCUUCUGUGUGCCCUUGUGGCCGCCGCCGCCGCCUCCUCCGAGUAUGGCUGGAAGGCCGGCUCCGAGUACAAGUACCAGGUGCGCGGUCGCACUCUGACCGCCCUCCACCAGGUCUCCAACCAGUACGCUGGUGUCCUCAUGAAGGCCCAGCUGUCUGUCCAGCCCAAGUCCGAGAACAUCCUCAUCGCCAAGGUCUCCAACGCCGAAUUCGCCAAGAUCAACGAGCAGCUGCCCGCUGGCUGGGGUACCCCCAUCCCCUCCAGCAAGCUGAGCUGGCACCAGCUCCCCAUCAGCAGCAAGCCCUUCGAGAUCAAGCUCAAGAACGGUAUCGUCGAUGAGCUGAUCGUCAGCAAGAACAUCCCCACCUGGGAGGUGAACAUGCUCAAGGGUAUCGCCAGCCAGCUGCAGGUUGACACUCAGGCCGAGAACCUCAUCAGCUCCCGCAUCAACAACAAGCCCAGCCACGGCUCCGCCAACGGUGUCUACAAGACCAUGGAGGACUCCGUCACCGGCGAGUGCGAGGUGAUGUACGACAUCAGCCCCCUGCCCCAGUACCAGCUCCAGAGCCGCCCCGAGCUCGCUCCCAUGCCCCAGCUCCGUGGUGACGGUCAGCUGAUCGACAUCGUCAAGACCAAGAACUUCAGCCACUGCGAGCAGCGCCCUGGCUACCACUUCGGCCUUAACUCCCUGACCGACGCCGAGCCCGCCUCCUCCAAGAUGGGCGAGUUCAUGGCCCGUUCCUCCGUCAGCCGCGUCGUCCUGUCCGGCAGCCUCCAGCGCUACACCAUCCAGUCCUCCGUGACCACCAACAAGGUCAUCCUCAGCCCCGUGCUGUACAACAACCAGAAGGGUAUGGUCGUCUCCCGCAUGAACCUGACCCUGGACUCCGUGCACUCCGCUUCCGGCUCCCCCCAGAGCGUCGCCAACCCCCGCAAGAUCAAGGACCUCGUCUACGACUACAACAACCCCUUCUCCACCACCAACAACGCUGAGCUGAGCGACGAGUCCAGCUCCUCCUCCUCUUCCAGCUCCAGCAGCUCUUCCUCCUCCAGCAGCUCCUCCUCCAGCGAGAGCGGCAGCCAGGAGCAGCUCAAGAAGCAGCAGAAGAAGCAGAAGCGUAGCAACGGUACUGACUCCAGCUCCUCCAGCUCCAGCAGCUCUUCCGACUCCUCCAGCUCUUCCAGCUCUUCCUCCAGCUCUUCCUCCAGCUCCGACUCCAGCUCUUCCAGCUCUUCCAGCGAGAGCCAGGAGAACCGCCGCAUGAACAGCGCCGCCGCCAAGCGUUUCCGUCGCUCCCUGAAGAACCAGCAGUCCCCCAACUCCAGCUCUUCCAGCUCCAGCUCCUCCAGCUCCAGCGAGGAAUGCGGUAACAACACCAUGAGCGCUUCUUCCGACUCCAGCUCCUCCAGCUCCUCCAGCUCCAGCUCCUGCUCUGACUCCAGCUCCAGCUCUUCCAGCUCCAGCUCUAGCUCUAGCUCCAGCUCCAGCGAGUCCGACGAGUCCCAGUGGGGCAAGAACCGCAAGGCCCGCAGCAACCGCAACAACACCGGCUCCGACAGCUCCAGCUCUUCCAGCUCUAGCUCCAGCUCCAGCUCCUCCAGCUCUUCCUCCAGCUCCGACUCCGACAGCUCUUCCUCCAGCUCUAGCUCCAGCACCAGCUCCAGCGAGGAGUGGUUCCAGUCCAAGCCCAAGAUGAACCAGCCCCCCAAGCACCCCAUGCUCCCCUACUUCAUCGGCUACCAGGGCAGCAACAUCGCCGCCUCCAGCCAGGUCAACGCUGUCCACGCCGCCCAGAAGAUCGCCCAGCAGAUCGCUGAGGAGCUCCAGCACCCCAGCCAGAUCCCCGAGAAGGCUACCCUCGCCAAGUUCGCCGUCCUCGCCCGCCUUGUCCGCAUCAUGGACGUCAAGCAGAUCGAGCAGGCUACCCACGAGCUGUACAACUCCGCCUCCUCCAAGAGCGCCAGCCAGAGCCAGAGCGCCACCGCCAAGAGCGUCGCCUGGAAGGUCUACCGUGACGCCGUCGCCCAGGCCGGUACCGGCCCCGCCCUUACCGUCAUGAAGCAGUGGAUCGAGAACCACAAGGUCCAGGGUGAGGAGGCCGCCGAGCUCCUCGCUGUUCUUCCCGAGACCGCCCGCACUCCCACCCGCGAGUACAUGGACACCUUCUUCUCCCUGAUCAAGAAGUCCGAGGUCCAGAAGCAGCAGUUCCUGAACUCCUCCGCCAUCCUGUCCUUCUCCAACCUGGUCCGCCGCGCCCAGGUCGACAACGCCACCGCCCACAACCGUUACCCCACCCACGUCUACGGCCGCCUGAACCCCAAGAAGGCCUCCGCCGUCACCCGUGACUACGUUCCCUACCUUGCCCAGCAGCUCAAGAGCGCCGUCCAGAACGAGGACAGCCACAAGGUCCAGGUCUACACCCGUGCCCUCGGCAACAUUGCCCACCCCAAGAUCCUCGCCGUCUUCGAGCCCUACCUUGAGGGCCAGAAGCAGGUCUCCACCUUCCAGCGCCUCCACAUGGUCGUCGCCCUGAACAAGCUCGCCAAGAUCUCCCCCAAGGUCGCCCGCCCCGUCCUGUUCCGUCUGUACCAGAACGCCGGUGACGCCGCCGAGAUCCGCUCUGCCGCCGUCUUCCUGCUCAUGAAGACCAACCCUCCCGCCAGCAUGCUCCAGCGCAUGGCUGAGUUCACCAACCAGGACCCCAGCAAGCAGGUUCGCUCUGUUGUCCAGUCCGCCAUCCAGUCUGCCGCCAACAACCUGCAGUCCCAGGACGACCAGGAGCUGGCCCAGAACGCCCGCGCCGCCGCUGACAUGCUGAACGCCACCUCCGGCAUCCAGUACUCCAAGGUCAACCUCAAGUCCAACGAUGUCGACGAGAUGAACCUGGCUUACCAGGCCGCCCUCGCCACCAUCGGCAGCGACGACAGCUUCAUCCCCUCCGCCGCCUUCGUCAGCGCUCGCGCCAACCUCGGUGGUUUCCAGGCUAACUACUUCCGCGCCGGUGCCAUGGCCUCCAGCUUCAGUGACCUCCUGGACCUCUUCGUCCAGCAGUUCCAGACUGGUGCCUACUCUUCCUCCUCCAACUCCCGCUCCCACAAGUCUGGCAAGUCCGGCAAGCAGUCCUCCUCCAACUCCAACUCUGGCAGCUGGACCGUCGACCAGAUCGCCAACAUGCUGAACAUCCAGGCCGACCAGCAGGAGCAGGUUGAGGCUAACUUCCUCUUCAACGCCCUGUCCCAGCAGCGUUUCUUCACCCUGGACAACCACACCAUCGAGCAGAUCCCCGAGUUCGUCAAGCACGCCGCCAACGCUCUCCGCUCCGGCGAGAACUUCAACUACACCAAGCUGUACGAGCGCUACUCCCUGACCAUGGGCUUCCCCACUGAGAUGGGUCUGCCCCUCGUCUACACCCUGAAGGCUCCCACCGUCGUCCAGGUUGGCGGUGAGGUCCGCGUCCGCACCCAGCCCGACAUGGCCAACGGCCCCAAGGACUCCGUCCGCAUCCCCAGCGCCGUCAACGCCACCGCUGACGUCCACUUCGUCUUCGCUACCCGCACCCAGGCCAAGAUUGGUUUCGUUACCCCCUUCGACCACCAGCGCUACAUCGCCGGUCUCGACAAGGACGCCCUCGUCAACCUGCCCAUCCGCGCCAACAUCGACCUCGACCUCGAGAACGCUGAGGUUCGCGUCAAGCUGCAGCCCAUCGAGGCCAACAAGGACGCCAAGAUCGCCAUGUUCCGCAGCCGCCCCUACACCGCCCAGCACAACAUCCUCGACAUCUUCAACGCCGAGCAGAAGCCCAUCCACGUCCGCAAGCCCCAGCAGGCCAACUUCACCGUCGGCCAGGACAUGACCGGCAUGGCUUUCCGCAUCGACGCUGCCUGCGAGAACGAGUUCGCUGACUUCGCCACCAUCUACAACCAGGCCAAGAACUACGACGGUAUCUCCGCCCUCCUGUUCGCCACCAGCGAGCAGACCAUCAAGCCUUUCGACUUCGCCAUUACCUACGACCACCAGAAGACUUCCGCCAAGUCUGUCACUCUGACCGCCUCUUACGACAACGACUCCGAGGACGAGUGCUACGGCACCAACUGCUCUUCCGAGAGCAAGAAGAGCAAGCGCUCCGCCAACAAGUCCGAGGAGAACUUCGACGCUGAGUCCAAGAACCCCAGCCAGAACGCCGCCAACCCCAGCAACAACCAGGCUAACAGCCAGGCCCGCCAGGAGCAGUUCCUCCGCCGCGCCGCCGCCGGCAUCAAGGCCAGCAACGCCUCCGUCAUCGACCUGUCCGCCCAGUUCAACGGUGAGCACAAGGCUGUCUUCGUCGCCACCGCCGCCUACGCCAACAGCCAGGUUGACGAGAAGGCCCGCGUCCUCCUGUACCUGCGCAAGUCCCCCGCCCGCUCCUCCGAGUACAACAAGGAGCAGCAGCUCGCCAUGACCGCCACCGCCCAGAUGCCCAACGUUCCCCUGAUGAACUACCAGAAGGCCCUGAACGCUGAGCCCAAGAGCCAGAUCCAGGCCCAGAUCGCCUUCGGCGAGAAGCUCGACUCCUCCGCCUCCCAGGUCAACGUCCAGGCUCAGAUGAAGCAGACCUCUGCCCGUCGUGAGUACGUCCGCCACCAGCCCAUGAGCCAGCUCUGCGAGCAGCAGAUGGAGCACGGCAACUACUUCCUGCCCGCCUGCCAGAACGCCACCCUCCAGGCCAACAUCAUGGACCUGUACACCGCCAACAUCCAGUUCGACAAGAUCUCCCAGCGCGUCAAGAACGCCACCUACAAGGCCUACGCCGCCGCCCGUUACUUCGGCUGGCAGUACAACUCCGAGAACUUCGUCAACCCCAAGAACGCCCACAACAACAAGGUCGAGAUGGAGCUCCGUUUCGCCCCCAACCUGAAGUCCGCCAACCUCUCCAUCGAGGCCCCCAUCAUGUCCGCUGAGUUCAACAACGUUCGUCUUAACCCCUGGGUUGCCCGCGCCGCCGCCGUCCACCCCAUGAUCCCCCAGUCCGGCAUUGUCGCCUACAACGCUCUCCGUGGUGGUUUCCCCAUGUGCGUCGUCGACCGCUCCGCCGCCAACACCUUCGACAACAAGACCUACCCCCUGAACCUCGGCAACAACUGGCACGUCAUGAUGCAGUCCGUCCCCAAGGACUCCGCUGACUCCAGCUCCUCCAGCCAGGAGGACGCCACCGACAACGUCUCCGUCCUCGUCCGCGACGCCUCCGGCUCCCACGACAAGAAGGACCUGAAGGUCAUCCUCGGCGACGACGUCAUCGAGUUCACCCCCAGCUCCAACUACGCCAACAUCAAGCAGAACGGCCACUCCGUGUCCUUCUCCGCCAGCCAGGGCUCCCAGCUCCGCGACCAGAACAACGAGAUCCUCGCCCAGCUGUACCCCAUGCCCUCCGGCGUCGUCCGCGCCUGGUUCCCCCAGCAGCAGCUCACCAUCCUGUACGACGGUGCCCGCGUCACCCUCUUCGUCAGCCAGUCCUACCGUGGUGAGGUCCGUGGUCUCUGCGGUACCUUCGACGGUGAGAAGACCACCGACUUCACCUCUCCCCGCAACUGCGUCCUGAAGAACCCCCAGCAGUUCGCCGCUACCUGGGCCGUCGCCCCCUCCGGCGCCGUCAAGGAGCAGCAGCAGAAGGCCAACCAGGCCGCCUGCUUCCCCCAGAACAUCCUGUACGGUGACGUCAUCAGCGACAACGAGGCCGGCCGCCACCAGCCCCACCGCCGCAGCUCCGGCAAGUCCUCCAGCCACUCCAGCCACAAGUCUGGCAGCUCCAGCCGCAACUACUCCCCCAAGUCCGCCGCCGGCUGCACCAGCCACCGCGUCAAGGUCAUCCAGGAGAACGGCCAGAUCUGCUUCUCUCUCCGCCCCCAGCCCGCCUGCAACGCUCACUGCCAGCCCACCCAGAAGGUCGAGAAGAAGAUCGACUUCCACUGCGUGUCUGACAGCUCUGCUUCCCGCCACUGGGUCGAGAUGAUCAAGAAGGGUGCCAACCCCGACUUCAGCCAGAAGGGCGCCAACAAGUCCCUCAAGGUCAACAUCCCCGAGAGCUGCCGUGCUUAAGUGGAGUUGAUGAUGUAGUCUGAGACCAAUAAAGUCAAUGAUGAUUUUGCAAGCAUAAAA